GUUAUGGGCGUGGGUUACUUCUUCUUCUUCUUCUUCUUCGGGACAAUAUAGUUUGUUAUUGGAUUAUGUUCAAUUUUUAAUAUUUUUAUCGAUUGUCAAAAACUAACAAAAAAAUGCGGCUGUUAGAUAUUGAAGUAUUUUUAAUUAUUAAUAUAAUAAGUGCAACAUUCAUCCUUGCUUAUAAUUGUCUUCUAAAUAAUAAAGAUUAUAAAUGUAGACUAGGAACUAAAACACCAUAUAGAUUUAUAUCAAACAAUAAUGAUUCUCCUCUUGAAUACUCAGGUUGUGUUCCAAGAAAGAUAUGGUUAAUUUUAAGACAUGGUACAAGAUAUCCUGGUAAGAAGUAUAUAACGCCCAUGAUUGAAACACUGCCGAAGUUACAAAAAAUUAUCCUAGAUAACUAUAAAAAAAGCAAAACAGAAUGUACAGAAGAAGAUAUAGAUUUAUUCAAAGAGUGGAAAAUCACUUUUACUGAAGACGAUGUUAUGAAAUUAGCAGAAGAAGGAGAAGAUGAAAUGAUUGAUAUUGGAGAGAGAUAUCAAUCUAGAUUUCCUACUCUUAUGCCAGAAAUCUAUGAUAAUCAAACUUACAAAUUUAAACAUACUGCCACUCAACGCACAGAGGAAAGUGCUAAGAACUUUGCCACUGGCUUAUUUGGAAGACACAGCAGUUAUCGAGUUCAGUAUCCAAAGGCAGAACACAAAGAUCCUGUGUUAAGAUUUUAUAAACGUUGUGAACGUUGGCGUUCCGAAGUGGACAAAAAUCCGGAUUCGCAAAUAGAAAAAGACAAGUUCUUGAGAAGCAAUGUCUAUAAGAAGAUGUUGCAAGACGUUUCCAAGCGUAUUGGUUAUCAGAUUGAUCACGAAAAUGCACAUUUGAUGUACGUGGCGUGUGGAUUUGAAACCGCAUGGCAUAAAAAUUAUGAAUCGCCAUGGUGUAGAAUAUUUUCAUUAGACGAUUUCAAAGUACUGGAGUUUGCAAGUGAUUUAGAAUAUUAUUGGAACGAUGGAUAUGGCUACAAAUUAACUUACGAACAAGCGUGUCCAGCUUUGAGAGAUGUCUUUGAUUUUUUCGCGACAGACGAAGGACCAGUGGUAUCGGCAUAUUUUACUCAUUCGGGGACUAUUUUAAAAUUGUUAGCUCUCUUAGGAAUCGCUAAGGAGGACCAACAUUUAACACAUGAUUUAUUUUCGUUGUAUGGGGAGAACAGAGCCUGGAGAACUGGGAUUAUCGAUACUUUCGCAUCUAAUAUUGCCUUCGUUUUAUACAAUUGUUCUGGAAUUUCCAGUGUUCUUUUUAUGCAUCAGGAAAGACCAUUACAUCUUCCAGGUUGUCCCAUGAACAUGCCAUGUGCGUUGUCUACAAUGAAAGCACUUUAUCCUGAUCAAGAAGAAGAGUGUCAGUUUGAAACAAUGUGUUCGUUAGAGGAAUCAUCAUAAAACUGAUGCAGAACCAUAAUAUAUAUUAUGAAUUGUAUUAUAUAUAUAUUUUUAUUAAAUAUUUAUUAUACAUAUAUCAUACUCAUGCGAGAGUAUGAGAACCAAG